AUGCCCUCCCCAAAUGUUACAUAUGCGCCUUCGCGCAUAUCAACCGACAAGCUACCAAAUGAGUUCCCCUCACCAGUCCCUUUAUUCAGCGAAGGGGGUCCAGAUGAGGAAGGAGAGAAGCUACUGGGCGAGACUUUGCCAACUCGAAGGCAAUUGGCACAGCGGCAUUCGGGGCGACAUUCAAGCACCUAUGUCACCAUAGUGAUCACGCUGGUGAACAUUAUCAUAUUCCUGAUAUCCCUCGGGCUCUUCGUAGCGUCACGGGGUCCCAAGUCCCAGCUUAAUGCUGAGCUGCGGCGGGUGUCUACUUACAGCCCCAUCUUCGACAAGCUCGACCUAGAUCUAAACCCACAGAAAGUCCAAGGGACACUAUUCCCUUCCAAAACCGGCGCCUCCAUCGCGCGGGAGCUGCCGAACCCCACGGCCGACGAGCAAUGGGAAGAGUGGGAACUAAGCCGGUUCCACCCCCUAACGCGAUCGGACAUCAAGCGCAUGGGCAAGGACCCGUCCACCGUAACAAAACUCGAGGACGCAGAAUGGGGGCUCGGCGACGACGCCUACGUCGGCGCCUUCGACGUAUACCACCAGAUCCACUGUCUCAACUCGCUGCGUCGGAACGCGUACCGCGGCUACUAUAACCUCACGACGCGCAACCACUCGGUGAUGGGCCUGCCUGAGAUCCACAUCAACCACUGCGUCGAUAUACUCUUACAAGCGCUGCAAUGCAGCGGUAACGUGAAUAUGAUGACAUACCACUGGGUUGCGGGACAGGAAUAUCCGCAGCCCGAUAUGUCUAUUAAUCGACAAUGCGUCGACUUUAAGAAACUAACCGCAUUCCGAAAAGAGAAUGGACUUGAUCUUGAUAAGUACGUGGAGAUCAUGAAGAAAUCGCUGCAUCCUGGGGUCCAGGAACGGCAUCAAAGCGACGCGUACUACUACUGGUAUAAUGAAACGAACCCGAAUCAUAUCAAUGGAGCAAACCCUGGAGAAGAUUUCAAUAUGUAG